AUGGAAGACGAGUCGUUAAGCGACAACCCUAGUAUGGCGUUCCGUUGGGCGCGCAGAAUCGAGCGGGUGUGCUGCACCACGGCCAGAUACUUGCCGCUGGCGUUUGUCUACAGCUUGACGUCGUGGGCAUGUUGGGUGAUAGUUAGCAUCGGCAGGGAGACUGAGAGGAGCCGCUGGAUAGGCUCAACGUCUUCCUUUUUCGGAGUUGCGCUCUAUCUACUGCUCAACUGGUCCUACACGACAGCCGUCUUUACAGAUCCUGGAGCAACAGUCAACGCGGACGGCUACGGCCUUCUCCCCACAAGCGGUGGCCAGAAUCGCGCAGCAACGUCCUUUACAGUUAAGAGCAAUGGCGAGAUUCGAUUCUGCAAAAAGUGCCAGGCGCGGAAGCCGGAUCGCACGCACCACUGCUCGACGUGCGGCCGAUGCGUUCUCAAGAUGGACCACCACUGCCCCUGGCUGGCGACGUGUAUCGGGCUGCGCAACUACAAGCCUUUUCUGCUCUUCCUGAUAUACACCACCGUCUUUUCCUUUUACUGCUUUGCGGUCAGUGGUACGUGGUUUUGGGUGGAGGUGAUGGACGACUCCAAGUAUCUGGAUACGCUGCUGCCAGUCAACUUUAUCAUGCUGGCAGUCAUGAGUGGAAUUAUUGGGCUUGUCGUGGGCGCAUUCACAACGUGGCACAUCAUCCUGGCGCGCAGGAACCAGACGACGAUUGAGUGCCUGGAGAAGACGAGAUAUCUGUCAACAGUCAAGAGGACGCUCCACCAGGCACAGGGCCUCGCCAACGGAAUCCCGCAAGCGAGACAGUUUGUAGACUUUCAUGCGAGCGCACUGCCUGGCAUCACACACCGGGAAGAGGGCGAAGAGCGACGUUCGACACAGGAACCCCCCCGUGUCCAGAUGUCGUAUGAGGAACUAGAACGAUAUCAGAGCCGCAAGCGGUAUGAGGAGUACCUCGACGAACAGGAUUCAGAGAAGCUGCCCAAUGCUUUCGACCUUGGCUGGAAGCGAAACCUGCUGCACCUUUUCGGACCCAGCCCGCUGCUGUGGUUCUUCCCGAUCUGCAACACGACGGGCGACGGCUGGAGCUGGGAGGCCAAUCCCAUAUGGGUCUCGGAGCGCGAGAGGCUGAGAAGCGAACGAGAACAGCAGCGACAGCGAGAGAUCAACGCAGGCUGGGGACACGGCGAGGACAUUCCCUCAGCGACCGCGGACGUCACCGGCAACUACCACAGCCGCGCACCUCUCACGGGAGCCAACGGCCGGGUGGCCAACGGCCGGGUGGCCAACGGCCGGGUGGCUAACGGCGGCGCGAGAAGGCCGCAGAGCAAGGCGGACCGCAUUCUAGGCAGAGACCCGAACAUGUACGCCGACUCGUCGCAAGAUGUACCCCUGCGCAGACUUAGCCCGCGGGGCCAUGCGGCGCCACACGACGAUGAUUUGCUGGACACGGACGACGAAGAGCUGGGCACUGCUAAUGGCAACAAACAGCACCAAAGCCGGCUCGAGGCUGAGCGGGUGGCCAUGAGCGUGGUGACCAACACACGGCCGUGGGGACGCGGCGGCGCGAGCGGAAUGCUACGCCAGGGCAGCCAGCAGAGCGGUGGUGGCAGCGGCCAUAGCAGCCGUGUGGUGAGCCCGAGUACCGAGCAGAAUGACGAUGGAGUGGAUUGA